AUGAACACAACCAUGGCCGAUCUGCCUUUCAACGUCGAUGAACUGGACUCAAUGAGUAAACGAGAGAAGGACGAGGCGCUGAAGAACGCCGUUCGUCUGAUGGCCGAAGAUCCAAAAGCGUUUCGUCGACAUCGGCGCCACAAACGAACGAUAAAAAUUCAAUACUACCGACACACUACGACACACCACUCUGGCGCCCUACGCGUUUGCUCCAACAAUAAAUACGGUAAGUCCUGCACUUCUCCAUUUGGAGAACUGAACGUACUCGGCCCAGUUACCUUGUCGCCAAGUCUGUUCUCACCUAAUAUACUUUCACCUCUUCUACUGAGUCCACCAGUGAUUUCACCCCAGGUGGCAACUGUGUUCAACGCCUACGUGUUUUCUCCAUAUGUCCUCUCACCAAACGUCAUCAACCCUUAUGUACUGUCACCGUUGAUCCUGUCGCCGUAUGUGCUCUGUCCUGACGUCGUCUCACCAACAAUCCUUUCUGGUGUUGUCCUUUCACCAUCCGUUCUUUCGCCGUCGAUUUUCACCGAAUCAGCGCUUUCAAUUAACGUACUCUCGCCAUCAGUUCUGUCGUAA